GCAUCGACGGAAAUUGACGAACAUAGCCGAUGUGAAAAGCACGUGCACCAUGCCCCGAAGACGUAUUGACUACCAUUGGCGUAGAAAGUGAUAUUCACUGGAGUAAAUCAGAGCAGCAUCCUGGAUCGUCGGCUUCUUUGACAACAUUUUCCAUUAUGGAAAGUCCGGUGGCUGGAAAUGAUGGAGACUCUGUUGUCAUCAGUGGCAUUUCCUGUCGCCUUCCUGGCGCUGACAAUAUGGCAGAGUUUCGUAGAAGUCUAUGGCAAGGAGAAAACAAUGUAUCGGCAAACCAGCGCUGGACAAAAGAUUUACCAGAUGGAACCCCUAACAAGAUGGGGGUAUUACAUGAUCUAGGAAAAUUUGAUGCAGGAUUUUUCAGUGUGAAUCCCAAGAUUGCAGAUGUGAUGGACCCCCAACUGAGGAUGUUGUUAGAGUUAACACAGGAAGCCAUUGUGGAUGCAGGUGUGGAUCCUGUCCAGCUGAAGGGCUCGGACACAGGGGUGUAUGUGGCCUGUGGGCUGUCGGAGAAUAUGGAGGCAUUCAGUACAAACCAAGAUCACAUCUAUGCCUACAAUCCAAUAGGGAAUGCUCCUGCUAUGUUCGCCAACAGAAUUUCUUUUGCGUUUGAUUUCAAAGGAGCUAGUUAUGCCUUGAGAAAUGGUCAUACAAGUGGACUUGUGGCUUUGGACCGUGGACUGAUGGCCCUAAGGACUGGUCAGUGCCAGGCAGCAGUUGUAGCUGGCUGUAACCUCUGCCUCAAGGCCACAACCUCCACCCAGCUGCACAGGAAUGGCCUUCUCUCAUCACAUGGUCUCUGUAACUGUUUCGAUGAAAAAGCAAAUGGACUUGUGAGGAGUGAGGGUGUGGUGGCUGUAUUUCUACAGAAACGGUCUUCAGCUAAGAGGAUUUACUCUACUGUUAUACAUACAAGGGUGGCCUCCUACAGAUCUCCAUCCCCAAUGCUGCCCCCUAGUGUUGAGGAGCAGACAGAAUUUUUACAGGGGGUGUAUCAGGAAGCUGGCAUAUCUCCAGAGAAGGUGGCAUAUGUUGAAAUGAGCGGUUGUUCUGUCGCUAAAGCAGAGGCACAAGAAAUGAAGGCUUUAGUAAAGGUCAUCAGGGGUCAGAGGUCAAUGCCUCUUCUGAUUGGUUCUGUAAUUUCAAAUGUUGGUCACACAGAAACUGUAUCAGACCUGGUGGGCCUUGCUAAACUAAUACUGACAAUGGAAGAAGAUAUCAUUCCGCCAAACCUUCAUGUCUGUACUGCCAACUGUGACCUAGCUACUACCCUCAGUGGCAAAGUCCAGGUAGUUGAGGAAAAGACACGGCUGCCUGGCAACAGUGGUAUAGUGGCCUUAAAUUCCUAUGGACUUGGAAACCUAUGUGCUCAUGCAGUUUUUGCGGCACAUAAUCAUCAGAAAUCUGAUUGUCACCCAGCAGAAAAUCUGAGUCGGUUGUUCACAUACUCAGGAAGGACAAUAGAAGGCGUUGAAUCUGUAUUGAAGCUGGUACAAAGUAAUGCCAGUAACGUACACCUCCAAUACUUGCUGCAACAGACUUCCCAUAUGGCACCAGCACAUCACCCUAUACGUGGCUACAUAGUGGUUAAUUCUCAGGACGGACUGCAGGAUAUCAAGGUGAGGGUCAAAUCAUCAUAA